GCGUGCGCAGCUCCUCGGCCGCCCCCGGGUGGGCGGAGCGAGGAACGGCUGGGCGGGCACGACCGCCGCGCGGGAACCCUUGGGGGCCGGGGCUGCCGGCAGCUGGGAACCGCGGGCCUUAGGCCGCGCACCCAGCCCUCGGUCCCGGCCGGUAAAUCUGGGGCAGCGCGCGGUAGGAGCUGCGGGCGGCCAGGCCCCUUCCUGCGUCCGCACCUGGCCCCGCGCGCCCCUGUCGGGCGUCCGGCCUCCGGCGUCCUGGCGACUCGGGUGGCGGCGGUUCGGGCGGUCGCCUGGCUGCUCCUCGGGGCGGCGACCGGGCUCACUCGCGGGCCCCCCGCGGCCUUCACUGCCGCGCGCUCCGACGCCGGCAUAAGGGCCACGUGUUCUGAAAUUAUUUUGAGGCAAGAAGUUUUGAAAGAUGGUUUCCACAGAGACCUUUUAAUCAAAGUGAAGUUUGGAGAAAGCAUUGAGGACUUACAGACAUGCCGACUCUUAAUUAAACAGGACAUUCCUGCAGGACUUUAUGUGGAUCCAUAUGAGUUGGCCUCAUUACGAGAGAGAAACAUAACAGAGGCAGUGAUGGUUUCAGAAAAUUUUGAUAUAGAGGCCCCUAACUAUUUGUCCAAGGAGUCUGAAGUUCUCAUUUAUGCCAGACGAGAUUCACAGUGCAUUGACUGUUUUCAAGCCUUUUUGCCUGUGCACUAUCGCUAUCAUCGGCCGCACAGUCAAGAUGGAGAAGCCUCGAUUGUGGUCAAUCAACCAGAUUUGUUGAUGUUUUGUGACCAAGAGUUCCCGAUUUUGAAAUGCUGGGCUCACUCAGAAGUGGUAGCCCCUUGUGCUUUGGAGAAUGAGGAUAUCUGCCAGUGGAACAAGAUGAAGUAUAAAUCAGUAUAUAAGAAUGUGAUUCUACAGGUUCCAGUGGGACUGACUGUCCAUACCUCUUUAGUAUGUUCUGUGACUCUGCUCAUUACAAUCCUGUGCUCUACAUUGAUCCUUGUAGCAGUUUUCAAAUAUGGCCAUUUUUCCCUAUAAGUUUUAUGUAGUUAAAUGCUUCCUAGAAACCUAAAUAAGAUCUAUUAAUUUCUGAUGAGAGAUGUUCUUCUAGAAUUACUGACUUUUAUCUUUUGUCUUCAUUUGUGGCCAAAAUUAUGUUUACUAGAGGAAAUUUGGGAUCAUUCUCAGCUAAUUCCAAAAUUUAGUGCUCUAUUGCAUGGAUCCUUGGUAAUCUGCAAGCAUCAAAUGCCAUAGGAGGAAACUUAAUUCUGCUAAAUUAAUGUUUAUUUUGUGAGAAGUGACUUUAUCUUCAUUUGGGAUAGAAAAAUUAUUUCUUUAUGUAGUAGAGUCAAAUUAUUCUCAUUUUUGCGAAUACUUUCAAUUUAAGCUACAAAUUGAGAAAACCGUUAUAAAUAAGAAUAAAAUAGGCCAGGCGCAGUGGCUCACACCUGUAAUCCUAGCACUUUGGGAGGCCGAGGUGGGCGGAUCACCAGAGGUCAAGAGUUUGAGACCAGCUUGGUGAAACCCUGUCUCUACUAAAAAUACAAAAAUUAGCUGGGGGUGGUGGUGGGCAUCUGUAGUCCCAGCUAAUUGGAAGGGUGAGGCGGGAGGAUCGCUUGAACCUGGGAAGCGGAGGUUCCAGAGAGCCAAGAUCCCACCACUGCACUCCAGCCUGGGCGACAGAACGAGACCCUGUCUCCAAAGGAAAAAAAAAAGAAGAAGAAUAAAAUAAUUUGGAUGAAAAUCAUGUUUACUUAAAUAGUAAUGUCAUGAGACUAUUAAAGAUGUGCCAGAGUUUCAAUGAAAAUCAUUAAAGUAGGACAGCUAAGAAAUUAAUAUUAAUAUCAAAAUUAUUGAUAAUCUUAAAUUAUGAUUAUUCCUUAAUGCACUCCAUUCUCCUUUUACAUUUUAUCAUGUUUCUUUUGAAUAUAUGAAUUGGCAAAGGACUUGAUGAAACUGAGUACUAAGAUUUGGUACAGAGUAUGUCAGGAAGACAACUCAGAUUGCCAUUUUAAAUAAAGUUGUACGUGAACAAUAAUUGGAAUCAUCAGGUAAUUUUUUUAAACAAAGGUUCUUCAUUUACUGUUAUGAUUGGAAAAAAAUUAGAAAAUAAAGUAAGUGCCAUAGGCUAAUUAAAAAAUAAAACCUUGGCUGGGCGCGGUGGCUCACGCUGGUAAUCCCAGCACUUUGGGAGGUGGAGAUGGGCAGAUCACGAGGUCAGGAGAUUGAGACCAUCCUGGCUAAUACGGUGAAACCCCAUCUCUACUAAAAAUACAAAAAAAUUAGCCGGGCGUGGUGGUGGGCGCCUGUAGUCCCAGCUACUUGGGAGGCUGAGGCAGGAGAAUGGCAUGAACUCAGAAGCUGGAGCUUGCAGUGAGCCGAGAUUGCGCCACUGCACUCCAGCCUGGGCGACAGAGUGAGACUCUUGUCUCAAAAAAAAAAAAAAAAAAAAAUAAGUAAAUAAAACCUUAGGGCAAGCGUGUUCCAAAACAGAAGCCAUCAAAUGAGGGUGUGUUGGCAUUAUUUUAUGUAGAGUAUUGAGAUGUGAUAAACCUUUGUAUAUGCCAUCACUUCUCCAUUUCCUAAAGUAUUUUGGUGUUUUCCUGGGACUGCAUCUUGUAUAAUUUGACAUAUAUGACUUGACUAGUCAUAACAGUUCUUUUUAAAUGUGUAUUUGAGACUUAAAUAUUGGAAAAGGCAACCCAGUGCCAUAAAGCAGAAACAGUGACCUUUAAAAUGACUAAAAUUUCAACCCUGUAAGUAUAGUUUCAUACCUAUCUCAUGCUUUCUUGUAAGAAAGAAUUUCAUGUUUUAGAAACAUUUCUUUCACUAUGGGAUUAAGACACUGAAAUGGAAUUAUGUCAGCUACAAUUCAGUCACAUUGACAGGCAACGUUUUGGAAUAUGGUUAGACAGGGAGGGAACACGGUACUGUUUCACAUCUUAAGAGUAUGUGGGGGUAUGUGUAUACAGAAUGUUUCUGUUUUUGCUCAUCACAACCAGGUUUCAUCAGUAUUUAAAAUAUUUAAGAUUGUGGCUUGGAAUGUGGUUUAGCUGUUUACUCGCUUAUACAAAUAUUCAGAAGUGUAAUAAAAAUGUGAAUGAAGAAAA